AUGCAUAGGUAUUUUAGAAUAGUGCAAGAAUUGGCUGAAAAAGAAGUUGUUAUGAAUAAUAAAAGCAGAUUUUAGGCUUAUAUUUCUGCUUACAAUUAAGCAAAAGAUCUAAAAUUCCACCACAGUUAAAUUAUAAAAAAAUAUAAUUUAGGAUACAUUGAUAGUUUGGCAAGUUAAUAUCAUCAGAAUAUUAUUUUGCGUAAGAAUAACAAACUAAUGCAGGAAUAUUAAGAAAUCGUUAAAAGAAGAGUUCUAAAUCGUAAAAUAGAAGGGACAACUGACGAAAUAAAGCAUUUUACUGAGGAUUUAAAAUCUUAUUAAAGUAACUUAUUUGCUCUUUCAGAAAAAUCUUUUUAAGAUUUUGUAGACUAACAAAUGCUUAAGUUGAAGGACAAAAACUAACUAAAAAAGUAUUUAGAUCCUAAAGAGUUGAUUCUAUUAUAUUAGUACUAUCAUUCUAAAAUUAAUGAAAUUCUUCUAGGAUAUGUUAAGUUAUAUCAUGAAGCUGUUUAAAAUAUGCUAGAGGGAAAAAGAGAAGUUAUGUAAAAAGAAGAUUUUAGAUUUGAAGAUGGAGAAACAGUAAAGGAUAAAAUGGAUAAAUUAGAAGAAUAUUUAAAAUCCAAAAUGCCUAAAUUUCGCAGCAACAAAAAUAUAAAGUGA